UAUUUCAUAUGUCUUAUUCUCAUACAGGGACAAGGACCGAGUGUUUAAUUUAUCAAUACAAGAAAGGUACUGGAAAAGAUAAGUCCAGAAGGUUAAGCCAGCCUGCAGUACUCUUGUGGUUGUCCAGAUUGCUCCCCAGCUGAAGGAUCCUGUUCGACUCCUGCCACUACAAAAUCAGCAAAAGAAAACAAAACAGGCUCUCCACAAAUGUACACAUAAAUGAUGCUUCUGCGGACAGCACAUUACUCUACUUGAACCAGCACUACUUUGGUCAGUGGUUCCUCAAAUAUAUUGGCAAAAAUAUCUGGAAAAACGCAAAUAAGAGUAACAUAAAAUUCAGAUUCAAAUUGAAGUUAGUAUUAGAUCAUUAGAUGGGGGACCGGGAGACUUUUGCAGAAGGGACUGGGAAUCUCAGCAGGAUAAUCAGUCGUAAUAUGGAAGAUACGUUUGGAAGUUCCAGAAAAUGGAAUAGAGCAAACGACGAUGAAGUUGCUCUAAGAUUGGCUGUUCUGGAGAAACUGCCUACUCACAAAAGGGUAAGAAGAGCUAUAGUUACCUCUGUUACUUAUGGCAAUGAUGACAAAGAUAAUGGAAAGGUUGAACACAAAGAGAUUGAUGUCCGGAAGCUAAACAGGACUGAUCGGAAAGAAUUCAUUGAUAGGCUGUUUAAGAUUCCCAAGGAUGAUAAUGACAAAUUCUUAAGAAAUUUUAGGAGACGCAUUGACAAGGUAGGGAUCGAACUUCCCACAGUAGAGGUUAGGUUUGAGAAUUUAACAGUGGAUGCUCACUGCUUCAUUGGAGAUAGAACACUUCCGACCUUAUCAAAUGCUGCACUGAACGUAGCCGAAGCAGCUUUGAGCUGGUUUGGCUUUAAAUCGGGCAAGAAAGCAAAACUUACAAUCCUGAAAGAUGCAACUGGGAUAAUUAAACCAGCAAGAAUGGCCCUGCUAUUAGGCCCACCUUCUUCCGGAAAGACAACCUUCUUGUUGGCUCUGGCCGGAAAACUGGACUCUAACUUAAAGGUUGAAGGAGAAAUUACUUAUAAUGGACAUACCCUUGAAGAGUUUGUGGCGCAGAAGACAUCUGCAUAUAUUAGCCAAAAUGAUGUUCAUGUUGGACAAAUGACUGUAAAAGAAACCCUGGAUUUUUCUGCAAGGUGCCAGGGUGUUGGAUCAAGAUAUGAACUCUUAACCGAGCUUCUGAGGAAAGAAAAAGAGGCGGGAAUCUGUCCUGAUGCUGAGCUUGAUCUUUUCAUGAAGCAAACAGCAAUUCAAGGCAUUCAGAGCAGUUUAAUCACUGAUUACACUUUAAGGUUAUUAGGACUUGACAUAUGCGAAGACACUAUAAUUGGGGAUGAAAUGCUACGAGGAAUAUCAGGCGGCCAGAAAAAAAGAGUAACAACAGGAGAAAUGAUUGUUGGGCCGACCAAAACCCUUUUUAUGGAUGAAAUAUCAACUGGCUUGGACAGCUCUACAACAUUUCAGAUAGUCAAGUGCUUGCAGCAGAUAGUCCAUUUAACCGAGGCUACUGUGUUGAUGUCCCUCCUUCAACCGGAUCCUGAGACGUUCAAUCUCUUUGAUGAUAUCAUUCUAAUAUCCGAGGGACAGAUUGUUUACCAAGGCCCACGGGAUCACAUAGUCGAAUUCUUCCAUAAAUGUGGAUUCAAAUGUCCAGAGCGUAAGGGUGUUGCUGACUUCUUACAAGAGGUUACCUCAAUGAAGGACCAAGAACAGUACUGGGAAGACAAAACUCAACCUUACAAAUACAUAUCUGUUUCAGAAUUCGCAAGUCAGUUCAAACGUUUUCAUGUAGGCCUAAGGCUUGAGAACGAUCUUUCUAUCCCAUACGACAAGUCAACAAGCCAUGGCGCUGCUCUAGUUUUCAAUAAAUAUCUGGAUUCUAAAGUGGAGAUACUGAAGGCCACUUAUGAUAAAGAAUGGUUACUGAUAAGGAGAAAUUCCUUCUUUUAUGUGUUCAAGAUGGUCCAGAUAAUCAUAAUGGCAGUCAUCACAGCAACUGUGUUUUUGAGUAAAAAAAUGAAAGCUGAUAAUGAAGCCGAUGGGGCAGUUUAUAUUGGUUCAAUUUCAUUUGCGGUGCUAAUUAAUAUCUUCAAUGGUUUCGCUGAACUUUCUCUCACCAUUCAGCGACUUCCUGUAUUUUACAAGCAAAGAGACCUUCUCUUCCACCCACCAUGGGCUUUCACACUUCCAAUAUUUCUUCUCUCGUUACCAAUAUCUGUGUUGGAAUCCACAGCUUAUACAGGCGUAACUUAUUAUGCUAUUGGAUAUGCGCCAGAAGCUAGUAGGUUUUUCACACAGCUGCUGCUGAUAUUUCUGAUACAGCAAAUGGCUAAUAGCCUUUUUAGAUUAAUCUGUGGAGUAUGCAGAACCAAAUUUGUGUCAAAUACUGGUGGAGGACUCACUCUUCUCGUUUUAAUUCUUUUUGGGUUUAUUCUUCCAAAAGAUGAUGUCCCAAGUUGGUUAGAGUGGGCUUACUGGAUUUCACCAAUACCUUACACUACAAGUUCCCUAGCUGUAAAUGAGAUGCUUGCUCCAAGGUGGAUGAACAAGCUGGCUUCUGACAACAAUACCAGCUUAGGCGUUGCAGUCUUAAAGAGCUUUAACUUCUCUAUCGACCCAAAUUGGGUUUGGAUAUGCGCAGCUGCUCUGUUUGGCUUUAUAAUUCUCUUUAACAUUCUCUUCACGUUCGCUCUUACAUACCUGAGUUCACCAGAAACUAGACAAGCAACAACAUCUAGAGAAACAGAAAAUGCAAUAACAAAAAGCCCCGGAAGCAGAAGUGCAAGGAUAGAGUCAGACUCGCUCAGAGGAUUCGAAUUCACUUCUGAUGGAGGCACUCCAAAAGAAAUGGCAAACCAACAAAAAAGUAAUCAAUCAAACUACAACAAACCUGACAUGACUGAUUAUGCAAGCCUCGCGACUGCAGCAGCUGGAAUUGGUCCUAAGAGAGGAAUGGUUCUUCCAUUCACCCCACUUGCCAUGUCAUUUGAUGCCGUAAAUUACUUUGUGGAUGUGCCUCCGCAGAUGAAGGAACAAGUGGAUCAUGACAAGCUCCAGUUACUUUCACAAGUAACUGGUGCAUUUAAGCCUGGAAUUCUGACUGCACUGAUGGGAGUAAGUGGUGCUGGAAAGACCACACUGAUGGAUGUUUUAUCAGGGAGAAAAACUGGAGGUCACAUAGAAGGUGACAUCAGAAUUUCAGGUUAUCCAAAGAAACAAGAAACAUUUGCUCGAGUAACCGGAUACUGUGAGCAGAAUGAUAUCCACUCACCUCAAGUCACUGUUCGUGAAUCAUUAAUUUACUCAGCAUUCCUUCGUCUCUCCAGAGACAUACACACAGAGGACAAGAUGACAUUUGUAGAUGAAGUAAUCAGUCUGGUUGAACUAGACAAUCUUAAGGAUUCGAUCGUGGGUCUUCCGGGAGUCAGUGGUUUGUCAACAGAACAAAGAAAGAGACUGACAAUAGCUGUUGAGCUUGUCGCGAAUCCCUCAAUCAUAUUUAUGGAUGAACCAACUUCAGGUCUUGAUGCUAGAGCUGCAGCAAUCGUUAUGCGAACUGUCAGAAACACGGUGGACACAGGGCGAACUGUUGUUUGCACAAUACAUCAGCCUAGCAUUGAUAUAUUUGAAGCAUUUGACGAGUUGCUACUCCUAAAAUGCGGGGGACAAGUUAUUUACUCAGGACCUUUGGGACGGAAUUCUCAUAUUCUAGUCGAAUAUUUUGAGGAGAUCGACGGGGUCCCAAAAAUCAAAGAAAAAUACAACCCUGCCACAUGGAUGCUUGAAGUCAGCUCAGUUAGUGCAGAGUUUCGACUUGGAAUGGACUUUGCCGAGCACUACCAGUCAUCAAAGUUAUAUCAAAGAAACAAGGUAUUAGUGAAGGAGCUGAGCACACCUAGUCCAGGGCAGGAGGACCUAUAUUUUCCUACAAAAUAUUCGCGGUCCACAUGGGAGCAGUUCACCUCUUGCUUAUGGAAACAAAGGCUUAGUUAUUGGCGAACCCCUGAUUAUAACCUUGUCAGAUUCUUUUUCACCGGGACAGUUGCAAUAAUUCUGGGGGCAGUUUUCUGGAAAAUUGGCGCUCAGCGGGAAAGAAGCAAUGAGCUAUACACUAUCAUUGGAGCCAUGGUGAAUUCUGUGAUGUUUAUUGGGAUUAACAACUGCAUGACGGUACAGCCACUAAUAGACGUUGAGAGAACAGUUUUUUAUCGCGAAAGAUCUGCAGGAAUGUACUCUGCAUUACCAUAUGCCAUGGCACAGGUAUUUGUUGAGAUACCAUACACGCUAUUCCAAACAAUAGUUUACUCCAUAAUCGCGUACUCCAUGCUGGGAUUCGAAUGGACAGCCUCUAAGUUCUUGUUGUUCAUCUUUAUCCACUUCUUCACAUUUCUUUACUUCACUUACUACGGGAUGAUGACUGUAUCCUUGACACCUAAUCACCAAAUAGCAGCAAUACUAUCCGGGGCCUUCGUCGGACUCUUUAACUUAUUCUCCGGUUUCUACAUUCCCAAACCACGAAUUCCAGUAUAUUGGAUGUGGUACUAUUACAUAUGCCCAAUGGCAUGGACUGUGUACGGAUUGAUCGUGUCACAAUUUGGCGACGUGGAAGACACUAUCGAGGUUCCAGGUGUGACGCCCGACCCAUCGAUCAAGGCCUAUAUGGAAGUGCAGUUCGGAUAUGAUCCUGAUUUCAUGGUGCCAGUGGGUACAAUAAUAGUUGGGUUCACAGUGUUUUUUGCAUUCAUGUAUGCUCUGUGCUUGAGAACUCUCAACUUUCAGACAAGGUAGAAUCAGAUAGUAAUAUGUUACCGAAUUUUAUAUGAAUAGAUAUAUAAAACCAGCCAUUCCAUGUACUAUAUGGCCAUGCAGCACUUUGUAAAGAUUGAUUCAGUUUUACCAUUGUAAAUACACAAGUUUUCAAUAUGUCCAGUUCCAUUAUUUUAAUGAA